UUGAACCUAAACCGAACCGAAUUUAUCUAUCGCCUAGCGAACACGUUAACCGGGUGCUACAGCGACGGGGCAUUCGGGCACAUACACCACACAGCGGAAACCAUGUCACAGCUACCCGUCUACAAUCCGCCUUCACCAUUCCUUGGUAUACUUCCGGCCGGGUUGGGAUUGUACCGGAAGAUCACAAUCCGUGGAAGAAUGACUCACGACAUGUUCAACAUUAACCUACAGUGCGGACCGAACGUUGAUCCGCGAGAUGAUGCGGCAUUACACAUCAGCAUUCGACCACGGGAAGGUUUAAUCGUGCGGAACACGUACCAGUUCCGUAGCUGGGGUGUCGAGGAACGUUUCGGUGGCUGUCCCGUGCAAAAGAAGUCAUACUUCGACGUUAGCAUCACGGUGAAACCGGACAGUUACGGCAUAGCCGUGAAUGGGUGCCACUUCUGUGACUUUAGCCAUAGACUGCCGUACCCGUCGGUACGAUUCAUACACACCGGUGUCGGAGCACAGAUCGAUGCCAUCAUUACGGAGUAGCGUGUGUGAUGUGGACAGUCUAAUUCCAGAACAGGACAGAUCGGCGCUUUGUGUACGGUACGAGAGAGUAAUAACUAAAUGCUAAUUUAAUAUGUUUACAAUUAAUGGAAGGUGUACGAUCCAUCUGGCGAAAGAACACUGUGGAGUCGAUAUGGACACGAUUAGUGCAGUCGUUAUCGUUAUCCACGCGACGUUAGAGUAGCAAAAAUCCCUUAUCGUCGUAGCAAAAGUAGGUGUAACCUUCUGAUGCCCUAGGAAAAUUGAUAUACAUCCGGUAUCGAUAAGACAAGCCACACAACGUUGCCCCACACUCAAGGUUUUCUAUAUCAUGGUUCGCUUUGACUAAAAUCAA